UCGUACUAGAUGACACUCAGCUUAUAUGAGCUUAAUUACGUCGGUCAAUGGUAGUCCGGAAGCUAAUUACCUGUCACAGGUCAAAUUAAUUACAGCCUGUCGACUGCACGUGGGUCAUUAAGGCUGCAAUUCACCUGUACAUUAACAUCAAAAAAUACUUUUAACCUUGAACUACCGGUGACACAACACUCUGGGUGUAUACACAGUGAAAGCUACAAACCUUAAGGGGUAUAUACACUAUUUCCAGACAUGAAAUUAAUAUAUCAAGAGAACAUACCUUGUGUGAGGCCUUCACAGCAGCAGUAUUGAGCCCCUGCUGCCACCUACCGGAUUUUCUCUCACUCAUCUCUCCUCACAUUAUACCCUCUAAACUACCACAAAUACUAAUAUACUGAUUGGUUAUGUGGAUUGAAUCCAUUUCUGGAAUUCUAUGAAUGGAAAAGAUAAUAAAAAUUAGGGGCAUUGCUAAUAUUGCUGCAGCAUCAGCCUCUAUUGCCUUGGCAUCUUUACACUGAAGUGCCAUUGAGCUGUGUUAUGAAAAUGGCUUCUCAAAAUUGCUUCCUCUACUUUGCAUAUGGCUCGAACCUUCUCAAAAAACGCAUUCACGUAAACAACCCCUCUGCAAAAAUGAUCAGUGUGGCCAAACUCAAGGAUUACAGAUUGGACUUCAUCCUCUUCAGUCAGAAUUGGCAAGGAGCUACAGCAACAAUUGUGGAAGAUCCUGGUAAUUUUGUGUAUGGAGUGAUCUGGGAAAUUGGUAAUGAGGAUAUGGCCAAAUUGGAUAGGCAGGAAGGUGUGAACAAUGGUGUAUAUAAAGUCUUGGAGGUAGAUGUCGAGACUCCUAAUGGGGAGUCCGUCAGAGCACGAUGCUACCAACAGCUUAUUACAUUUACAGAAGAUAAAAGGCCAUCUUCAGUAUAUAAGAAUGUUAUUAUUCAAGGGGCUCGUGAAAAUGGUCUUCCAGAGAAUUACAUAAAGUUCCUGGAGAGCAUUGAAGAUAAUGGGUACUCUGGUGAGGUGAUCUUAACAGGUGGAUCUUACAAAAUAACAUAUCUACUCUACCAUGAAUAUUCUGUCAUGCCCUCUACUUACGGGAUCUGAGAAGGAUGACGGCAGAGAGAAGCAGCAGUUCAGUGGAGUCUAGGGAGUACUGGCGACACAAGCGUAAUGCAGCAGCAACCUGGCCAGCUUCUUCAUUCUUAAACAUACCCGCCUGGCAAACCAGAUUAACAUAAGAGAACUGAGUACAUUUCAGGGAUGAUCAUUUGUUACUCUAGGAUGAAAAAUUUUCAAUAACUACAAAGGCUAAACUUGUGUAUCUAAUAAGUAUUGUGUAAAAUAUAUUGGGAAAACUAACAACA